AUGUCUGCCUCCAACAACGCCAGCAUCCUCAAGAAGCUCACCAACAACCUCGAUCCCAAGCUCAAGGAGGCGAAUCCCCAGACUUACAACGAAAGGCCCGCAGAAAAACAGAGCGAGACGGACGCAAAGCAUGAGCAGGCCUCCGAUCCUGAGCAGACCAGCGAGCCUCAGCAGACCAAAAAGUCCAGGGAGGCCAACCAGCCUAGGGAGACCAACACGCCUUGGCGGACCAACCAGCCUAGGCAGACCAACCAGCCCGAGCAGACUAAAACCGUGAACCUGGGCUCUGACGCACUGCACCAACAGGAUGACGAGAUUAGACAGUGCGAAACCAUGGAGCCCCAACAUGACAGCAACGAGAAGCAGCAACUCUCCCAGACCAUCAGCCCCAACACGACCAAACAGCAGGAAAAGACCGCCAGGCGGGCUGAGCGGAAGGAGAAGUGGGCUGCCAGGCGAACCGCAUUCAAGCGCAAGGCGAAGAAGUUCGGAAAUGCUCUGAUCCGGCCAGCCGUGAUCGUUGGCGGUCUCAUCAUCGCCCCGGUGUGGAUAGCGGCAGAGUUCGUGAUCGCCAUGGUCUACUUAGCGGUGGUGCUGGUGGUGCAAGUUCUGGAUCUCAUCUUCUGCUGUCCAUUUCGCGUUUACCUCUUCUGCAGCAAUUUUUAG